AUGACCUUGCACAUCCUAUUUUACCUUUCUUCCUUCACCGUAUAGCUUAUGAUCAGCAUUUCUUUAUCGUUAAGAUUUUUCAUUUCCGCAUUAGUUUUGUUCCCUUUGAAUUUAUUCUCCUUGGGUAUUAGGAAAAAGGCCUUAGAGGUGAAGGUGGAGAUUAACAGAGAAAGCUCAUAUUUAUGGCUGAUGCAUUUGAUGAAGAGUGUGAUUAUCUCUUCAAGGCUGUACUGAUUGGAGACUCUGGAGUUGGGAAAUCAAAUCUACUCUCAAGGUUUGCAAAAGAUGAAUUUCGCUUGGAUUCCAAACCCACCAUAGGAGUGGAAUUCGCUUACCGCAACAUCAAGGUUGGAGACAAACUCAUCAAAGCUCAGAUAUGGGACACUGCCGGCCAAGAAAGGUUUAGAGCUAUCACAAGUUCAUACUACCGAGGAGCCUUAGGGGCAUUGCUAGUGUAUGACAUAACCAUGAGAUCAAGUUAUGAGAAUGUAAGCAAAUGGUUACUGGAGCUUAGAGAGUUUGGAGGGCAAGACAUGGUGGUUAUUCUAGUGGGAAACAAAUGUGAUCUGGGUCAAUCAAGGGAAGUUGAGAAAGAAGAAGGAAAAGGGUUUGCAGAAACAGAAGGAUUGUGUUUCAUGGAAACCUCUGCUUUGAAGAAUCUGAACGUUGAGGAAGUGUUCCUACAAAUGAUCAAAAAGAUUUAUGACAUGACAAGCCAGAAAAAUUUGGAAGCCAAAAUGGAUGAGAAACCCAUCAAUGUUUUGAGUGGCAAAGAGAUCCAUAUUACUGAUGAAGUUACUGCGACUAAACAACCUAGUACUUGCUGUUGAAUAUGGGAGCUUUUGUGGGGGAAAAUUUGGGAUUUUGUGAGAAUCUUUGAGUGAUCGAUUCUUCCAAUUUUCUCCACUUUACUUAUUUUUUUCUCCCCUUAUUUUAUUUGUUACAUGGUGACGAUGGAGUUAAUUUUUAAACAAUACAAGUGAUGACUCACUGGUAGAAUGUAAAUGUUGAUUUUAAUAUUAUACAUAGAUUAUAUAAACUCUUUGCAG